ACGACGGGAAAAUCCUUCCUCCCUCGGACAUGGCGCCCACCUGCCCGGCGGCGGCAGCAGCCGGCUCCCGCACCGCGGCUCGCGCGUCCGGGCAGAGCAACUCCAGCUUCAGUCGAGGGGUGGAAGGAGGCGGAGGGCGCGGCGGCGGCGGUGGCGGCGGCGGUGGCGGCGGCGGUGGCGCCGCCUAAGGGCCCGGGUGUUAAAUCUGAGGCGGCCUGGGGGCCGGGCCGGGGCGGGCAGGGCGCAGCCGGGCGCUCGCCGGCCCCGGGUCGCCGCGGGCAUGGUGUCCCAGGUGCUGCAGCUGCUUCGGCAGGGCGUGUGGGCCGCGCUCACGGGCGGCUGGUACCACGACCCUGAGCAGAGCAAGUUCACCAACAGCUGCCACCUCUACCUGUGGCUGUUCCUGCUGCUGCUGCCCCUGGCCCUGCACCUGGCUUUUCCUCCAAAUGCCAUCAUUGUAUUUUUUUACUGCAUGUCAGUGACUCUGUUCUUCACAAUAAUCAAGCUGGUCAGUUAUCGCCUACACCUCAUGUUUGAUAAAGGAGAAGUAAUUCAGAAAAGACCCUCCAGAAAGAAAGAAAAGUCAAGUAAAGACAAAGAUGCCAACAGUGAACACAUGACUAACCACAAAAUUCCAAGCAAUAACAGGCAAAUUCACAAUGAUAGAAAGGAAGAGGCCACUCGAACCUUCCCUACGCCUCCCCUCCACUGCAGUUCCAGAGGGCAGAGCUUGAAUUCUCAUCACUCUUCUGGGCCUUUGGAGUUGCCGGCGCAGGAAACAGUUGAAGAUCUCAAAGGUGUCAUUCUGUCAGAAGACCAACCUAUAGUGCCAGUGUCAUCUACCUCACCAGGUAUCAAAACACAAAGCUUACCUGCUUCUCAAGUACACAUGCAAGAAACCACACCCAGGUCAGCAAAAUUGGUGAAACCCGUUGCCACUGGAACUCUCAUCAAUGGGAAGGGAAAGGAAAGAGGGAUCAAGGGGCAGCCCCCUUUCCGCCACAGAUCUGAGGGCGGCCUAGUGGACAAAGGAGCCCUGAAGAAGUUGCCACACCUGUCUUUGUCUCAGUAUGACUUACUAGAAACAGAUGUUUCUUUCCAGCCAUGGGGAAGUGAAAAUUCAGUCUUGAUUCCAGAACCUAUAGAUUGUCCUCAGGGCUCCAUAAGGGAACAGUUUCCAAAAAAGUCACCUCAGGACAGCAUGAGCAGCAGUUGCCCUCAGUGUGAUACCAUCAUGGCCAAACCUGAGGAAGAGCUGCUAGAAACUUCCUGUCAGGUAGACCUGCCCUUGAACCAUGAAGCAGACUACUCAGACAGUGAGGUUGCUGUUACUCUUAUUGAUAAUUCUCAACCUGGGGACCCACUGAGUCUGCACGAACCCAUUAAAAUUGUCAUUACAAUGAGCAGUACCCCAAACUCCAUGACAGACUUGGAAAGCUCCCUCCACCUGAAACUGAUUGGCACAGAAAGGACCAGUGGAAAGUCUGACACUGAGCCAGCUAUCCCAAGAGUGGCCAGCCCAACAAACACAGAGCAGAUCAGAAUUCCUGUGAUCACGCUGGAACUGUCUGAAGAUGGAGAAGAAGGUGUUACUUGUUCUGAAGGCAAUAGAACUGAAAAGACUCCAGAAAGACUCCAGGUAGAAGCAUCGUCCAAUCAGUGUUCUGGCUAUGGAUCUGGGGAAGGAGGAAGUCCUUCCCCAAGGCAUCAUUGGGAAACAGUGCCCCCAGUCACAUCUGAUGUGACCCCCAAGUCUGAGGGAGGAAAGGAAGGCCAGGAUAACCUUGACCCAUUGUCUUGUAAGGCCAGCCAUGAAAAGAGACAUGCCCGGGUGCUCAGCGUGGAUAGUGGGACAGAUGUCUUCUUGAGUAAAAGAUGUGCAGAAGUUAUUAAUGAUAAAGAGAAAACAAUACCAACAUCCAAGUCUGACUUAGAGGCUAAGGAAGGACAAAUACCAAAUGAGUCCAACUUCCUGGAAUUUGUUUCCCUGUUAGAAUCAAUUAACACUUCCAAGGUGGUGGCAUGCAAUCAAAUGAAUGUCUCAGCACAGCAGAGCAAAGAAAGUGGGCCUCAGGAAGAUAAUUGCUCCCAGGAGAAAAAGGAGGAAAUCUUGGCAAGUGAAAAACCCAGUGGACACAAUUCCAAGCAAGGGAAACCAGACUUGCAAAGUCAAGACCAUCCUUGUACGAGCCCCAUGUUCACUCAACCUCCCAGGACCACGGCCUUUUUCCAGGGCAAUAGACAAAGACAGAUCAUCUACAGGGUAACUUCCCAACAAGAUAGCUCUGUUUUGCAAGUCAUCAGUGGGCCUGAAACAUCUGUGCAGGAAGAAAUGUCUGUGGACGCUAUGCAUGUUUUCAUUGAUGAACAUGGGGAAAUUAGAUCCUGUUACUUAAAGUCUGGAAAUCAGAAAGAAGGCCCUUCACAGUAUACGCCAUCAAAUCAUGAGCGUCUCUCUCAGGCUCGAGAGAUGCAGAUCAGCUCCUCCAGUACCACAACUUCUGAGAGUCCAGAUCCGUCUUCCGGGGACCCUGCUGUCAGUGCUCUUCAACAACAGCUCUUACUCAUGGUGGCUCGGAGGACCCAAUCAGACACCCCACGGCAUGUGAGUCAGGAUCUGGAAGACUCAUCAUGUUCUUCAACACAAGGAAAAUUUAACCGAGAGCAGUUUUACAAAUUUAUCAUUUUCCCUGGCAAGUGGAUUAAAGUCUGGUAUGAUCGACUCACCUUGUUGGCGUUACUUGAUCGAACUGAAGAUGUCAAGGAGAACGUGCUAGCAAUUUUACUCAUUGUCCUGGUUUCCCUUCUUGGAUUUCUGACCUUGAACCAAGGCUAUUGCAAAGAUAUGUGGGUGCUCCUCUUCUGCCUCGUCAUGGCCAGCUGCCAGUACUCCCUGUUAAAGAGUGUUCAGCCUGAUCCUGCCUCACCGAUCCACGGACACAACCAAAUCAUAACCUAUAGCAGACCAAUCUAUUUUUGUGUGCUGUGUGGCCUUAUUUUGCUUCUUGAUACAGGGGCCAAAGCCAGGCACCCUCCCAGCUAUGUUGUGUAUGGCCUGAAGCUCUUCUCUCCAGCGUCCCUGCAGUCAGCCAGGGACUACUUAAUAGUCUUUUUAUAUUGCUUCCCUGCAAUUUCCCUCCUUGGGCUCUUUCCGCAAAUCAACACUUUCUGCAUUUACCUUUUGGAGCAAAUUGACAUGCUGCUUUUUGGAGGCUCUGCUGUUUCUGGGAUAACAUCAGCUGUUUACAGUGUGACUCGGAGCGUCUCAUCAGCCAUCUUGCUCCAUGCCUUCUGUUUCAGCGCAGUGAAGGAACCCUGGAGUACACAACAUAUCCCAGCACUGUUUUCAGCCUUCUGUGGCCUCUUGGUGGCACUUUCCUAUCAUCUGAGCCGGCAGAGCAGUGACCCAUCUGUGCUCCUGUCCUUUAUUCAAUGCGGAUUGUUUCCUAAAUUUUUACAUCAAAAUCUGGAAGAGUCAGCUGCAGACCCUCUCCCCAAGAAGAUGAAAGAUUCCGUGAAGGAUACCUUAAAAUCAGAUCUCAUCAUCUGCUCCGUGGCUGCGGUCCUCUCUUUUGCAGUCAGUGCCAGCACUGUAUUCCUGUCGUUACGACCGUUUCUCAGCAUUGUGCUGUUCGCCCUGGCAGGCAUUGUGGGAUUUGUAACUCACUACCUGCUCCCUCAGCUCCGCAAGCACCACCCGUGGAUGUGGAUUUCACACCCCAUUCUCAAAAACAAAGAAUAUCAGCAACGGGAAGUGAAAGAUGUCGCCCAUUUAAUGUGGUUUGAAAGACUCUAUGUUUGGCUUCAGUGUUUUGAAAAAUAUGUCUUGUACCCAGCAAUCAUUUUGAAUGCCCUCACUAUUGAUGCAUUUUCAAUAAGCAACUACCGGAGGCUUGGUACCCACUGGGACAUUUUUCUGAUGAUCAUGGCUGGCAUGAAACUGUUGCGGACUUCUUUCUGCAACCCAGUUCACCAGUUUGUUAACUUGAGCUUCACUGUCAUCUUUUUCCACUGUGAUUACAAAGAUAUCUCAGAGAGUUUCUUACUGGAUUUCUUCAUGGUGUCGAUUUUAUUCAGCAAGCUCGGGGACCUGCUUCACAAGUUACAGUUCAUCAUGACGUAUGUGGCACCUUGGCAGAUGGCUUGGGGUUCUUCCUUCCACGUAUUUGCUCAACUCUUUGCAAUCCCUCACUCUGCCAUGCUUUUCUUUCAGGCGAUUGCCACGUCAAUCUUUUCUACUCCGUUGAGCCCAUUUCUUGGGAGUGUCAUUUUCAUCACAUCAUAUGUCAGGCCAGUGAAAUUCUGGGAGAAAAACUACAAUACAAGACGAGUGGAUAAUUCCAACACAAGACUGGCAGUUCAAAUUGAAAGGGAUCCAGGGAAUGAUGACAACAAUCUCAAUUCCAUCUUUUAUGAGCACUUGACAAGGACCCUCCAGGAGUCCCUCUGUGGAGACUUAGUUCUUGGUCGCUGGGGUAACUACAGCUCUGGCGAUUGCUUUAUUUUGGCUUCAGAGGACCUCAAUGCCUUUGUUCACCUGAUUGAAAUUGGAAAUGGUCUUGUCACCUUUCAACUUCGAGGACUGGAAUUCCGAGGAACUUACUGCCAGCAGAGAGAGGUGGAAGCCAUCAUGGAGGGCGACGAGGACGACAGAGGCUGCUGCUGCUGUAAGCCAGGCCGCCUGCCCCAUCUGCUGUCCUGCAACGCGGCGUUUCACCUUCGCUGGCUCACCUGGGAAAUCAUGAGAACCCAGUACAUCCUGGAGGGCUACAGCAUCAUAGACAACAACGCAGCCACCAUGCUGCAGGUGUUUGACCUCCGAAGGAUCCUCAUCCGAUACUAUGUCAAGAGUAUAAUAUUCUAUAUGGUAACAUCCCCCAAAAUCCUCUCCUGGAUCAAAAAUGAAUCACUUCUGAAGUCCCUUCAGCCCUUUGCCAAGUGGCAUUACAUCGAGCGUGACCUCGCAAUGUUCAACAUUAACAUUGAUGAUGACUACGUCCCGUGUCUCCAGGGGAUAACACGAGCUAGCUUCUGCAACGUUUAUCUAGAAUGGAUUCAGUAUUGUGCACAGAAAAGACAAGAGCCUUCAAAGACCCUGGACUGUGACGAGGACUCUCCUUUGGUGACUCUGUCCUUUGCACUGUGCAUCCUGGGGAGAAGAGCUCUGGGAACUGCAGCUCACAAUAUGGCCAUCAGCCUGGAUUCUUUCCUGUAUGGCCUCCAUGCCCUCUUCAAAGGCGACUUUCGGAUAACAGCACGGGACGAGUGGGUGUUUGCUGACAUGGACCUGCUGCACAGAGUUGUUGCUCCAGCCAUCAGGAUGUCCCUGAAACUUCACCAGGACCAGUUCACUUGCCCUGAUGAGUAUGAGGACCCAGUGGUCCUCUACGAGGCCAUCCAGUCCUUCCAGAAGAAAGUGGUGAUCUGCCACGAGGGUGAUCCCGCCUGGAGGGGCGCCGUGCUGUCCAAUAAGGAGGAGCUGCUCACCCUGCGGCACGUGGUAGACGAGGGUUCCGACGAGUACAAGGUCAUCAUGCUGCACAAAAGCUUCCUGAGCUUCAAGGUGAUCAAGGUCAACAAAGAGUGCGUGCGAGGACUGUGGGCUGGGCAGCAGCAGGAGCUCAUCUUCCUGCGCAACCGCAACCCGGAGCGCGGUAGCAUCCAGAACAACAAGCAGGUGCUCCGAAACCUCAUCAACUCCUCCUGCGACCAGCCCCUGGGGUACCCCAUGUUCGUCUCCCCCUUGACCACAUCCUAUCUAGGGACCCACAGGCAGCUGAAGAACGUCUGGGGUGGACCCGUCACCUUGGACAGGAUCGGCACGUGGUUCUGCACCAAGUGGUUGCGAGUGCGGAAGGACUGCAACGCCGGCCAGCACAGCCGCGGCAACAUUGAGGACGUGGAUGGCGGAGGGGCCCCGUCGGCAGGCGGCAGCAAUGCCCCAAGCGGUGACAGCCAGGAGAGCAGUGCAGAGCAGCCCAGGAAACAUGGCUCCCAGCACUGGGCCUCACCCCAGGAAGGGAUGCAGAGGACAGGCAGGAGGAAAGGCAGGAGCCAGUCUGUCCAGGCACACUCUGCGCUAAGCCAAAGGCUGCCUACCCUGAGCUCCUCUGGUCCUAUCUUAGAGAGCCGCCAGGUCUUUCUGCAGGCGUCCACGUCGGUCCACGAGUUGGCCCAGAGGCUCUCGGGCAGCCGGCUCUCUCUGCACACCUCGGCUGCAUCCCUGCACUCCCAGCCCCCACCUGUCACCACCACGGGCCACCUGAGUGUCCGCGAGCGGGCGGAGGCGCUCAUCAGGUCCAGCCUGGGCUCCUCCACCAGCUCCACCCUCAGCUUCCUCUUCGGCAAGAGGAGCUUCUCCAGCGCGCUCGUCAUCUCGGGACUGUCUGCCGCCGAGGGGGGCAACACCAGUGACACCCAGUCCUCCAGCAGCGUCAACAUCGCAAUGGGCCCCUCGGCCAGGGCUGCCAGCCAGGCCACCCGGCACUUCUCCGAGCCCUAUGAGUCACCUGAUACCACGGAGCAGGGGCAGCCUGGUGACCAGCGUCUGGCUGAGGCAGUGGCAGAGAGCCGCGGGCUGACCUGCAGAAGAGCAAGCCAGGAGGACAUGGGCCUGGACGACACGGCCUCCCAGCAAAGCGCUUCGGACGAACAGUAGUGCGCAAGCGUUCGCUUCGGAAAAAACGGACUCCUCCGCGGCUCUCAGCUUCCUACGUCUUCCCUGGGUUCCCCCAGCCAGCUGGCGCUACCACUGCAACCCACGUAGGGCUGAUCCUGUGGGAGAGUGGGAGCUGUCUAGAAAACUGAAUGACUUUAACUCAGGUUCUUGAAAAAACCUCAUAUGAUGGAGGGAAAAAAGACACCACGCCUCCUCCCCCAAGAGCUCCAUGCCCUGGGCAGCGCGAGGCAGGCAGCACCGCCGACUCCCCAGACUGGCGUUUCAAACAAAAGCCACUGAGUAUCUUCAAACAACUAAAGUUAAGUAGAGCCUGUAACUAACUCCUUCGUGCCCUGGUGAAAAUAAGACAACUGCAUGUUAAAUAAUCAGCAUUUUACACAUUAACUGUUAGCACGAGGAAGAAACAGAAAGCAACAUGUAAGAAAGACACCAUCAGCUGGUCAAAUGCAUUAAGGUUAACAUCUAGGUGUCAGGAAAACCUCAUCUGUUUGUAACAUUUACGCAGUUGUUCCAUGUAAAAUAGUGGCAGCUUCACUACCCGAACCGUGACAAUGCAUGCAGUCCUGUCUAAGGUAUUCUAGAGGAACAGCCAGGCUACGUGACGAUGUGAGUGGCCAGCGAGUCCAGUCGGCGCGUGGAGCAUCGCGGAGCCACCUGGCGUUCCUCCACGCAGUUCCGCGAGCUGCACGGAACAUCCGCUCGUCUUCCAAGCUGAGCAACCUCCACGGAUCACAGCACACUUGCACACACCUUUGUUUUUGGAAUUAAAAUGUUUACAGUUA